AUGUCGAUUCUAGCCCAUAGUCACGCCGGGCAUACUCCUGGUUUCCAUACUUCGCCGGGGUCUCACCGGCUUUUACUGCAGAUACAGAGCGCUAUAGAAGCUUUCGAUGCAAUCAAGGUUGAAUAUGGGCCUGAUAUUCCUGUAACCGUUAUAGGGCAUAGCAUAGGUUCCUGGAUAACUCUCCAGAUACUGAAAGCCAGGUCUGACACGAUCUCUGGGGUAUUCUUGCUCUUUCCAACAAUAACUGAUAUCGCAUCGUCCCCGAAUGGCCGGGCCCUCUCCUGGGUGUUCCCCUGGGCUGUGACGAUAUCCCGAAUUGCCAACAUCCUUCGGGUCAUUCCCUUGUCCUGCAUAUUGUCCUGGAUCUUCCGCUCUUGGCCCGCGCAUCAAAAGUCUGUUCUUGAAGGACUUUUGCGGUCUCCAUCUUCCAUUCUUGCAACGUUGUCUAUGGCCGACGACGAGAUGAAGCUAGUACGGGAUCUUGACACGCAACUUCUUCAGCGAAACAACCACAAAGUGUGGAUGUACUUUGCUCAAUCAGACGACUGGGUAGGCGACUCGAAGGAUGUGAUCCUGCGCUCUUUCCAGCCCGACAAAGGGUCCGUUCGCGUAGUCCAUGGCCACCACGGUAUCCCACAUGCGUACUGUAUUGAACAUGGAGAGCAACUGGCGGAUCAGUGCUUUGAUUGGCUACAGGCCCUAGACUAA